CCAUACCACAACAGGAGGGUCUUUUCACCACGAUCAAAAGUCACAAAAUCGUCCGACGAACCAGAGUACAGGUCCGCCGUGGAUGACGAGGAUGAUGAUGAUGAGGAUGAUGAAGAUGAUACCGAGAACAUCCACCUCAUCCCGAGAUGCUCCCCGGUGCCCAGAAAACGAGGCCAUUCUCUCUACGAGGAGAGAGAAGAAUAUAUAAGGACCCACUUUGCGCUGUCGUCCGAAAAGAGAGUGUCGUUUGCCGACACAACAGGUGGAGAUCUGAUCGACGUCAAGGAGUUCGUUGCCUUUGAUUCGGACGAUGAAGAGGACAGCGCGAGGUGGGAAGAACAGGAGGCAAAGUAUCGAAAGGCGGAGAGAGAACCCGUCUAUAAUGUGCGCCCGGAGUUCGUUCCGCCCGCCGGCGGCGCCCUGAUCGAGGCUGUGCGCACCAACAAAGUGGAGGUCGAACACGUGUCUCCAGUGGAGAACGAACCGCUCUCUUUCACUGGCCAAAUCCGAGUCCUGAACAUCUCCUUCCACAAAGCAGUUUUUGUCAGAGCCACCAUGGACAACUGGGUCUCUUACUUUGAUCACCCGUCAGAUUAUGUCCAGGGAUCUCAUGAUGGGGAAACGGAUCAAUUCUCUUUCAAAUUAUCUUUUGCCCCUCCUUAUGUUACACAUGGCUCUCGCAUUGAGUUUGUUGUUCGCUAUGAAACGUCUGAAGGCAAUUACUGGGCUAAUAACUCCCAUCUGAACUAUGUGGUAACUCUGCUCCUGUCCUAUGAAGAUGAUGCAGUUGAACGAAACAUCAGCAUGCACGGAAUAAGAAGCAUUCUAAGACCUCCUCAAGAGUUCAGUGUGGAUGAUGAGUUAGCUUCCGAGGAUGAGCAUAAUGAGCACAAAGAAGAAGUAGGAAGCUCCACAUCAGAAAACGUCCAGCCUCCAGCUUUCAUUCUGCCAGAGUUGGACAUAGAGAUUCAUCCAUCUACUUCCUCCAUCUUGCCCAGCCAGGAGCAUCCAUUUGUUGAUGGAGCACUGUCCGCUAACGCCGUAUCCCCAGGUCAACACUUCACUGCAAUGUCUUCCGAAACCACACUUCAAUCUAGUUUAAACUUUUGCAGCAUGCGCCAGCAAUCAGUCCAACCCAAUGAGACGCAGCCGUACUCCAAGUCCCUUGUGAAUUAGACAAGCAAGCCUCAGAUCAACCUGAAGACCAAAGUCCAUCUGCAGUGCUGGCUUCUCCGCCACAGGAGUCCAGGCUGAGAUGUGGUGGAGAGGAAAUUCCCAGUUCAGCAGCUUUGUGCACCCCUCAGCCUGCAGCAAAGACAAAUCUGUGGUCAGCAGGACAGGGUGGAUUGACCGACAACCACGUGGCUCCUUCUUUGCAUGAGCUGUCUGGUGACUCUGGCUCUGCUCCUGCUGUGACUCGCUGCAGAGGUAAAGCUUUAGCAGAAAGUUCCAGUGUGGCUGCACCACACGGUGAAGGUGGUACACCUGGUGUAGUCGCAUCUCUUCUGACAGAGAGUCGGGCAUCUCCGGGAGCAGAAGCUCGGCCGUCUCUGAGCAGAGCUGUCACUGAGGAGACUUUAGAUCUUCAUCCUGUCCAGACCUGGAAUGAGAAGGAAGCCUCCGUACAGAUUUCUCCUGACACAUCAUUAGAGAUGCCAACAAAUACACCCUCAGAGGCUGCUGGAACCCAGUGUGAGAGUGAUGUAGACAGACACCUGAGAUCAUCCUUCAUCUUUCUGAGUGGAGUUAUCUUAUUCUUUGUAGCACUGCAGGAACCCAGGGUCCUCUUCCUCACCGGACUGUUUUUGGUCUUGCUGUGGUUUUAAUUAUACCAGUUCUUUGUAAAAAGUCUUCCAGUUAAGUGCCUUUUCAUAAUUCCUAAAUAAGCCAGUGAGUUGA